AUGAAGAGAAUGAGGAGCAGUCUAGCGACUCGGACGAUGAAGGCGACCCGUCGAAGUUGGUCGAAACACAAAUUCGUCCCAUCAGACGAGACGCCGGAACGCCGCAAUGCGAGGACAGUCUUUGUAGGAAAUGUUCCCGUUGAGGUUGUCAAGUCUCGGCCUUUGCAAAAGCAGCUCAAGCGACAUUUCACUACACUCGUACCUACUUCGAAGAUCGAAUCGGUGCGGUUCCGCUCGGUCGCGUUCGCCGCACCCACCUCAAAGCUCCCUACCGCGGACGAUGAUGCUGGCAAGGGGAAGGGGAAGGCCCCUGCGAAAGACGAGAAGGAUAGCAGGCAACACGACCGUGAUCGUACAGCGUCUUGGCGUGCAAAGAAGAACGAGGACGAAGACGAUCCCCAGAAGCAGUUCCUCACACCUAAAGAGAAGAAGCGCGUGGCGUUCAUCAAGCAAGAGUUGCACAGCGGCGUCGACGCUGUGAACGCGUACGUCGUAUUCGCACACCCUAUACCCGAGACUGGCACCCGGCCGAAGAACGUGCCUCCACCUGCUCCCACCCUGGACCCAUAUGAAGCUGCUCGGCUUGCAGCGGAGCGAUGUGAUGGCACCGUGUUCAUGGAGAGGACGAUCAGAGUCGACAGAGUAGGAAGGGACGCUGAAGAAGCUCCGAGCAACAGUGUACCAGCUGGGGAUCCUAAGAUGACGAUAUUCGUCGGCAACCUGGACUUCGCGAGCAAGGAGGAGGAUUUGCGAGCAUUCUUCGAGACUCUCGUGAUCGCUGAACGGGGUCAGCCGGGUGAGCAGGAAGGCGAGAGCAGCGAAGAGGAUGAGGAGAGCGAUGAAGAGGACGAGACAUCCGAGAGCAAAGUGGACAAGGACACACAGAUGGGGAAGGGCUUUGCAUAUGUGCAGUUUGUGGAUCGACAAUGUGUAGAUGAGGUUCUCGCGCUCGAGGAAAGUCAGCUUAAAUUUGCGAAACGCAAGCUGCGCGUGCUCCCGAAGUUCGCAAAACCUUCGCCGGAUACCAAAUCGCCUGUAUCCCGACGGCCCUCAUCAGUCUCCCGACGCGAGGCACCGAAGGGAGGAGCGCAAGAAGGUCAAGGCCACGGAUCCGACCGCGUCGCGCGCAGAAUAGCGAAAAAGCAAGCUAAGGUACUCGCGGAGAAGGGCGUGAAGUCCAAGCCGCGGGUGGAGAGGGAGCGGAUGCGGAAACGGCCGGGGGAGAAGAAGGCGGUAGGCAAGCAGGGGGAGAAGAAGAAAGGGAGGGUUAGAAGCGGGAAGGCGUUGGCGAAGAUGAACACGAAGAAGUAG